UGGGUUCAAAUGUACGGGAACCACCAUGUACACAAUGAUAACUUGCGAGAUCCUUUCAACUAUAUCGCAACCAUCAAAAAAACGAUUCCUGAUGAUGGAAGUCCUGGCAUAUAUUCAAUUGAUGGAGAAAUGUCGUACACUGUCAAAGGGAGAGAACUUACUAAAUUCACGGUUGUUGAUCAUAAUGGUAUAGUAAUUUACAACAAAUUUGUAAACCCAGGAUGCCAAAUUAUUGAUUACAAUACAGAAUUCAGUGGAAUCACAAAAUCAGAUAUUGAUGGUACAACAACGACAUUGAAAGACGUUCAAAAUUUUUGCUUAGAGAAGUUUUCGUCAGAUACAAUCUUGAUUGGACACGCUGUUGAAUGCAACCUUAUUGCCUUGAGACUGAUUCACGAUACUAUCGUAGAUACAGCUAUAGUAUUUCCACAUCCGAGAGGACUCCCACACAAGAGAGCAUUGCGAACCUUAGCCAUGAAUCGUCUUGGGCGCCACAUUCAGAGCGGUACUCACAACAGCAAAGAGGGUGCAGUGGCAUGUAUGGAUAUUAUUUUACAACAUGUGAAAUGAAGAAUAAGGAGAUCGCAAAUGUUCAGGAUGAACGUAUCAACGUCUUGUCAUCCGCCAAUCUCAUGUCAGAAGUCAAAAGUGACUUCACGUUGCUAAUUUUUCUAUAACUCGUAAAAUCUAAAGUUCUUAAAAAAAAUAAAAUAUAACAUAUAUAUAUAUUCCUGUUGAGUGAUUUCUUAGCAUAUUUUCCUGCUUC